UUGGUUUCGUCUUAUAUAUUACAGAAAAGUCAAUUUGAAGGUGCAAAAAAAUGACAUCACCAACAUAUAAUCUUUCAUGUAUAGGAUUCACGUUCUUACUAUGUUUCAGCAUUGGCUUUGGUCGCAAAAACCUACAAGAGAAACACGGUGACACUCAAAUUACACCCAAACAUGUCGAAGCAACCGCUCAGGUUACAAAUUUCGGAGCCAAAGACAUUUCAAGUAAUAUUGCUUUGGGAGAGGUUGGAAGUCAAGAGAUGCAUCACAUUCACAUAGGAACUGGUCCAGAUUCGAGUCUCCGAGAGAAACAAGACGAUAUAAACUCCAAGCCAACGAAAGUUGUAAGGGGUACCGUUUCCAUCACAUUCUCAUUUCCUAUCAUCAAAAUUCCUGCUCCAAAUACAGAUUCUAAAACGGUGGCCACCAUAAAUAAGCUCAAUGAAGAUAAGAUUCAAGGCAUUGUCAUUACUCCAACGAAGACUCAUGAGUUUGGUCUUUCCCCUGGAAAUGACGGUAUAGAGCUGGAAUACAGCCAGAAAGUACCAGCCCCAAGAACCGAAUAUUGA